AUGAGAUUGAACCUGCACGCAGGCCAGGUCAAACAGAUCGUGGGCGGAACCUUGGACAGCACCACCGCCGAACUGAAGACGAACCAUGUCUCGCUGCAUCCCGCGGGGCACUUCGCGAAGCUGUACAGAGACAAUGCCCUGACGGGGGCGCAUGUCAUCAUGCUGGGCCCCAAGAAUGAUGAGGCAGCCACCGAGGCGCUCGCAGCAUGGCCUGGCGGCCUCCAGGUCGGCGGCGGUAUCAAUGACCGGAAUGCGAAGGAGUGGAUUGAGAAGGGCGCUGAGAAGGUCAUCAUCACAUCCUACCUCUUCCCAGAGGGCAAGUUUAGCCAGGACCGGCUUGACGCCGUCCUGAAGGCCCUGGACGGGGACAAGAACAAGCUGGUCAUCGACCUAAGCUGCCGGCGACAGGGCGACGACCGCUGGUUCGUCGCUAUGAACAAGUGGCAGACCAUGACGGACAUGGAGGUCAACCAAGAAUCCAUCCAGCAGCUCGAGCCCUACUGUUCCGAGUUCCUGAUCCACGCGGCCGACAACGAGGGGCUGCAGAAGGGCGUCGACGAGCGGCUGGUCGGGCGGCUGGCCGAGUGGUGCAGCAUCCCCGUGACGUACGCGGGGGGCGGCCGCCACCUAGAGGACCUGGACCUGGUCAAGCGGCUGAGCGGCGGCCGCGUCGACCUGACCAUCGGCAGCGCCCUGGACUGCUUCGGCGGCGACGGCGUCAGGUUCGACGACUGUGUCCGGUGGAACCGGAGCCAGGAGUGA